AUGUUUCUCUCCAUUUCAUGUCCUUUUCUUUUCUUUUUCUUGCUUUUCUUUUUUUUCCUUUCUUUUACAUUCGUUUCGUUUCUUUUCUUUCUUUUUCAUCCUUUCUCAUUCUUUUUUCUUUCUUUUCUUUUCUUUUCUUUUUCUUUCUUUUUCAUUCCUUCCCUUUUUUCCUUUCUUUUUAUUCCUUUUCUUACUUUUCCUCUCUUUUAUAUUCGUUUCGUUUCUUUUCUUUCUUUUUCAUCCUUUCUCAUUCUUUUUCUUUCUUUUUCAUUCUUUUCUUUUUCUUUCUUUUUCACUCCUCCCCUUUCUUUUCCUUUAGUUUUCAUUCUUUUUCUUUUUCCUUUCUUUUUAUUCUUUAAUUACUUUUCCUUUCUUUUACGUUCGUUUCGUUUCUUUUCUUUCUUUUUCAUCCUUUCUCAUUCUUUUUCUUUCUUUUCUUUUCUAUUUCUUUCUUUUUCAUUCCUUCCCUUUCCUUUCCUUUCUUUUUCAUUCUUUUUCUUAAUUUUCUUUCUUUUCGUUUCUUUUCCAUCAUUUUUCAUACGUUUCCUUUCUUUUUCCUUUCUUUUCUUUUCUUUUUCAUUAUUUUUCUUUCUUUUUCAUUAUUUUCUUUCACUUUCGUUUGCUUUCUCUUUCUUCCUUUUCCUUUAUUUUCUUUAUCUUUCAUUAUUUUUUCUUUUCCUUUCUUUUCCUCCUUUUAAUCUUUUCCUUCUUUUCCGUUCUUUUUCAUCUUUCUUCAUUUUUUCCUUUGUUUUCCUUUCUUUUCUUUUCCAUUUUUCAUUCUUUUCUUUCUUUAUCGUCCUUUUCGUUUCUUUUCCUUUCUUUUUCAUUAUUUUCCUUUUUUUUCUUUCUUUUCCUUUCUUUUUCUUUCUUUCGAUUUCUUUUUCUUUUUUUUUCCUAUCUUUUUAA